AUGAUUCUCAAGCCGAUCAAACUGUACUGGCGAAACCAUGUCCCCAACCCUUCCAAGGUCCUCAUCAUUCUCGAGGAGCUGAGCCUCCCUUACGAGACUUCAUGGGUUGAGCUUGAUGGCCUCAAGAAGCAGCCCUACACCGAUGUCAACCCCAACGGCCGCGUUCCGGCCAUCGAGGACCCCAACAGCGGCAUUACGCUCUGGGAGUCUGGCGCCAUUGUCCAGUACUUGAUCGACACGUACGACAAGGACAACAAGAUCUCGUACAGCAGCUUCCCCGAAAAGUACCUCACGGUGCAGUGGGCGUACUUUCAAGCCUCUGGCCAGGGCCCUUACUUUGGCCAAGCCGCAUGGUUCAACCUCUUCCAUGAAGGCGCAUACGGCGAGUCCCCCGAGUCGGCCAAGAUCCGCUACGGCAACGAGGUCAAGCGCAUCGCCGGCGUCCUCGACGGCGUGCUGGCCAAGUCGGAGUGGCUCGUGGGCGACAAGUGCACGUACGCCGACCUGGCCUUUACCAUGUGGAACAUGCAGAUUGCCUUCUUCAUGGGCAGCCGCACGGGGGAGCACGCGUGGGACCCGGAUGCGUUUCCGCAUUUCACGAGGUGGCAGAAUGCGUGCUUGGCCAGGGCCAGUGUCAAGAAGGUUGUGAGUGUGUUGGGCGAGCAGGAGGUUAAGAGCGGCUGA